AAAAAGAAUUAUUAUCUAUAGAGUGAUUAUAUUUAUUCAUUAAAUAUAGGCAGGAGCGGCGGCGGCACUUGUAGUUGAUGUCUUCUUCUAUCCAUUAGAUACGAUUAAAACAAGAAUGCAAGCAUCUAGUACGAUAGCUAAACCGUUCGAAUUUAAAGGUUUAUAUAAUGGAGUUGGUAGUGUUAUACUAAGUACAUUACCCGCAUCAGCCUUGUUCUUUUUGGCUUAUGAGAACGCAAAAUCCGAGUUAUCAAAAUAUGUGAAUGCACCUACAGCACAAUUAACAGCAUCAAUUUUAGGUGAAUUACUAGCAUGUAGUGCUAUAGCACCUGCAGAUACUAUAAAGCAAAGGGCACAAAUUCAAGGUAAUCAAUUAUCUUCAUUUCAAGUUGCAAAAAUCGUUUUCAGUCAAAAAUCAGCAUGGUCAGAUAUAAAAAGUGGUUAUAAAGCGGUGGUUUUAAGAAAUUUACCUGUUACAGCAGCUUAUUUCCCAUUAUAUGAAUGGUUGAGGGAGAAAGUUGAAAAAGAUUUUGAAAUAUCCAAACCAAACGCUGCAUUAUUUGCAGGCGGAUUUGCAGCAAUGCCUUUAGCUGUAAUAACUACACCUUUGGAUGUGGUUAAAACUCGAAUUAUGUUAGGUCAAGGUAUUGAUAGCAAUAGAAAAGGAGUUUUUAGUGUAGGAUUACAUAUAUCAAAAACUGAAGGCAUACGUACUUUAUUCAAAUCAGGUAUGUUAAGAGGAUUAGGUGCAGCUGUAGGUGCAGGUAUUGAACUUGGAUGCUACGAAUAUACCAGGAAGUACUUUAAAUUAUAUACUGAACAAUAAUGACAAUAUUUAUUAAUCACAACUCUCAAGGCAAUAUUUAAACGGAUCGUUUAGCAUAUAGAUUCACAACUUGUAAUAAUUAUUUAAUAGAUUAUUUGAAAAUGCAAUAUCAAUUGAAUGUUUUUAAUUGUGGUAUACUAGGGAAUGAAGACGUUCGACCUGUCGAAAGUUUAGAUGAAGUUCCUAAUGUUGGGAAUGAUGGAGAUUUAGUCAAACUCUCAGAUUUAUGUGCAUUAUUAUUAUCAUUAUUAUCGCCGUUAUUAUCAAUUAAGACUUCUUGAUCAUUAUCGUCAUCAUCAUCAUCAUCUACGUUAAGUGACAUUAGAGCACCAUAACCUUCAUUAAGAUCAAAUGGAUCAUCUUGUUGCUUUGUAGGUUUUCUAAAUUUGCUAAACCAAGACUGUCUAACUUGAUUAAGACGGGUAACGGAAGGAGUUUGACUUGGUUUUGGUGGAGAAGUGGGAGUCUUAUCUAAACUUGGUCUAACGAUAGGAGCAGAUUGUUGUAAAUCAUCUUCAGCGUCAUCUUCAAGGUGUUUCAAAGAAGAUCUAGUUUGAAUUGAGGAAGUUGUAGAACUAAUUUGUGGAGCUUUAGGAGGUGGUGGGAUAGUCAUUGGAAGAGAUAAUGAAGCACGAUUUGAUUGAUCCGCUUGCAAAGAUUUAAUAAUAGAUUUAAGUGAUUUAUUCUCUUCGAUUAAACUUGUAUUGUAAGAUUGGAAAUCAAACUGAGAUUUACGAGCCUCUGCAACCAUUUUGUUCGCUUCUUCAAACAAAGCCUGUGAUAAAGAUUCGAACUCCUCCUCUAAUUGAGAUUUCUCUUUUGAUAAAGUAAUAUUCUGGCUUUUCAACUUCUUUAGCUCAUCUAGUAUACUAAAUUGUAUAGAAUCUGACUUUGUACGCUUAUUUGAAGAGAACCUAUCACCAUUUUGUAUAAUUUGUUCAAGCAUUUCAAAAUUAGCUUGUGAGAGUGUCAGGUUAGAUUUCGCGACUUUCAACUCGUCAUUCAGAUGAUCAGUUGAGAGUUGAGAUUUGUUUAAUUGAUUAGUCUAUUAGUAUUUAGUGAAUGAUACAAGCUAUUAUAGACUACACU